AUGGGAGUAUGCAUUGCUGGGACUUAUCUGGCCGACGGCUGGGGCCCAGUAUUAUUGGACAGCAAGACUGUAUUCAGAGAAUUGGCGGCCGUUGGUGGUAGGUUGUUGCGGGCAUACGCCGUCCACUAUAGCUUACAAAUGUGUAGUCAUAUUAUGUCGUCUGGGCAAGCCUGGGGGGGUUCUUCUUUCGGCAGUAUCUGUGGCCGUGGGCGUCGUGCAACAAAUUCAAGCAGCAGUGAUGCUGCAGAAUCCCACAUACAUGCCUCAACGUUGGCACUUGCCAUGUACUGGGCACUUCUGACCAUUCAUCUGCUGGUGAACAUAUUCGGAGUUAAGCUCUUCAGCUUGUUAAACUUUUGGGGUAUUGGGUAUUGCCAGUCAUCACAUUCUUUCGAGUCAUGCUGA